AUGGAACAUCAAACUCCUUUUAAUCCGUUGGAAGAUCCUGGGAAAUUGCUGUUUGACUUUAUACAGUUUGUUCGUACUAAUUCUCUUGAAGAAUGUAAUUUACAUGGGAUUAUGGUAACCGCUGCGAUGGAUCAUUUGGUGGAAGAGUUUUAUCAUAAGGAGCCAGAGAAAUACAAUCUCGUCUUUGAAGCUGUUUCUCAUGCCGCUCAACAGCCCGGCAUAUCUAUAAUCCAUGUCUGUUUUCUCAAAGAACUUUUGCGUCAAAAACAAUAUGCCUUAGGCACAUCAACCUUACGGUGGGAUAUUAUAACCAGCAAUUUACCUACCCCGUCGCUGCUCGAGUAUUGUUUAUUGGCUGCCUAUCAUUGUCUUGGUAAUAAUGAUUUAUAUGAAGCUCAAGGAUGGAUGUUUUCGAUUCUAUAUCUUCCUACUGCAGUUGUAACCGUUUUUCAUGAAAAAGCUUUAUUUGGUUUUCUGCUACUUCACCUUGGACUGAAUGGAAAGAGAUAUCCUAUUAAUUCCACUACUUGCGGGAACCUUUUACCUUUAAAGACGUUUAUAGCUCCCUACGAAAGUUACAUAGAUGCCUACCAGAAAGGCAUCGAGCCUCUUCAAGCAGUUUUGAAAGAGAACUGGUUGAGAUAUGAGACGGACAAUGCUAUUCCCUUCAUACUUUUUUCUCUGGAACAAUUUCCAAGGCAUCAGCUAUAUAAACUAAGAAGACGUUUCCGGUCUUUACCAAUUAAUUAUGUUUCUGACAAGCUUUCCCUGUCAGAAGAACAGACAUGGGAGAUUGUGAAGAAGUAUGAUGAGAAGUCAAAACUUGUUCAGAACGAGGAGGGUCAAUACUUCGUCGAGUUUGAUCCAUUUGAACCUGUGAAUAUGGAACAAUGUAAAGAGCUCUCUGAAAAACUUGUUGAAAGUGCAAAAAUUUUGGAGAGUGUUAAGGAAAUGAAGUCUAUGUAUUUUUCGAAAUCACCAUAUAAAAAGUCUAUGACCCAAAUUAAAGCCUAA